GGACGUCUCUGGACUCGAUUCAGAGGAAAGCUCUUUCCUUUCCCCUCUUCUCCUGCUCUGCUGCUGGGCUGAUCCGGCUUCCUCCUCGCCUCCAACAAGCCGCCAUGAACCGCAUGUGCUUCUCAGCUGGGUCCCUGGGUGGCCGAAGAUGCUUCUCUUCGGCGUCGGCGAUUUGCAGCCUCGGUGGAGGCCGAGCCAGUGUUGGUGCUGGGCCGUGGCCUGCAGGAAGACGUGAAAACGGUGGCUUUAGCAGCACAAGUGUCUUUGAGCUGGGGAGAAGCCAAAGGAUUUCCUGCGGUGGAGGCUAUGGGAUUGGGCCCUGCGGCCCGUACGGCGCUGGGGGGUAUGGUUAUGGGGCAGGCCACGGCAGCGGAGGGGGCUUUGCUUAUGGGAGCUGUGUGGGCUCCGGCCGUGGAGGUUAUCGCGGUCCCUGUGGCUUCGGUGGGUAUUCGCCCUACCACUUCGGGAGCAGCGUGCAUUACGGGGUCGGGCACGCCGGCGCUGGAGGCGCCCACCGAGCCGACGGCAUUCAAGGCGUGUGCAUCCACCCAGAGCUGCUGAAGCCCCUCUCCGUGGGGGUGGACCCAGAAGAGCACAAAGUGCGAACCCACGAGAAGGAGCAGAUCAAAUGUCUCAACGAUCAAUUCGCCUGCUUCAUCGACAAGGUCCGAUGCCUUGAGCAGCAGAACAAGGUGCUGGCAACCAAAUGGGAACUCCUGCAGCGGCAUGCCGUGCCCCCCAGGCGAGACCUGGUGCCUAUUUUUGAGAAUUACAUCUGCCAGCUGAAGAAACAUCUGGAAGGUUUGGUGCACGAGCGGGCGCGGCUGGAGGAGGAAGAGAAGACAGUUCAAGAUGCGGUCCACGAGUACAAAUGCAAGUAUGAAGAGGAAAUCAACAAGCGCACGCAUGCAGAGAAUGAGUUUGUGGUUCUCAAAAAGGAUGUGGACUGUGUUUUUAUGACCAAAGAGGACCUGGAGGCCAAGCUGCUGCAGCUGAGACAGCAUUUGGAGUUCCUGAAAUGCAUUUUUCUUGAGGAGCGUGCCCAAAUGGAUGGCCAACUUUGCGACACCGCCAUUGUUUUGGAAAUGGACAACAACCGAAAUCUGGACCUCAGCGGCAUUAUCCACAGCGUGAAAUGCUGUUACGAGGAGAUCGCACAACGGAGCAAAGGAGAAGCGGAGGCUUUCUACCAAACUAGACUUGAGGAGUUGAGCACCAACCGGGGCAGAUUCUGCGAUGACCUGAAAACGAUCCAGGGUGAAAUAACGGAGCUGAAACACGUGAUCCACAAGCUGCAGGGUGACACUGACAAAGUGAAGAAAGAGAUUGCCUGUCUGCAGACGGCCAUUGCCGACGCGGAGCAGCGCGGCGACCUCGCCCUGAAAGACGCCAGGGAGAAGCACAUCGACCUGCAGAACGCCUUGCAGCAGGGCAAGGACAAACUGGCCUGCAUGCUGCGGGACUACCACGAGAUGCUGAAUGUCAAGAUGGCCUUGGAUAUCGAGAUAGCGACCUACAGAACGCUGCUGGAGGGCGAAGAGACCAGGAUAUGCACAGGAAACCCCGCCAACGUCGCUGUGGUCAGUGGUGGGCACCCUGUCGGGGACUGCAGACCCCCCUUUGGAGCGCCAUGCGGCCAUCUCCAGAGAGGAUUCAGCCAUGGGCCAGGAGUUUUCGCCGCCACUGACGGAUUCAGCGCCCAGAGCGCCGAAGGCAUCGCCAGGAUGGGCGGGAGCUACGGCGCCAGGACCGUCGUGUGUUCUUCUGGGAGGGGGUUUAACGUGGGGGGAGCAGGCAGCUGCGGCGUCGGGUACGGCAUGGGGGGGUUCAGUUCCGGCAGCGGGGGCUGCAGCUACCGACGCGUGCUCAGCUCUGAAGUCUCGGGCGCCGGAGGCGAGGCGGGGAGCCAUUCCGUGGGCGGGCCUGGUUCCGUCGGGGUGGUAUGCGGCUCCGGGGAGGCAGCCGCCUGCGGGGAGGGGGCCGGGAACGUGGGUGGCGCUCAUUCUGCCAUGGAACAUUUCGGCACGGGAGGCGUCGGCAGCUUGAGCGGGGGGAUUCACAGCAGCGGAGGGGCCUACUCCUCGGGCAUGCGGAUGGUGUCGGUCAGCUGCGGCCGAAAGAUCCUCCGAUAAAAGCCCCCCAAAGAGCCUCCCUUGCUGGAAUGAAAAAUACCCCCUGCCUUCUGACAACCCCCCUCCACCGCUGACAGGAACCCUGCCUUAGAGAAACAGCUCUGUCCAACGCCGCAGUGCCGACAGACACCGUGUCCUUCGCAGAGUAGCUUGAUGCAGCGCUAGUCCUACUGGCUUAGGCAACGUUGUUUAGUUCAGUGCGCCGGUGGCUGUCGAGAGGCAGUACCUUGGCUAGCAAACCCGUCUCCUUUGCCUGAUAAUUUUGCCCUUCUCCCCGGGUUUUUCUUGCAUGACUGUCACUUGGGAUCACAUUGCGCUGGGACCCAGAACUUUCCUCCUUCCCUGGUGCCGGGUGAAGCAUUUCAGAAAGGGAAGGUUCCAGAUCCACCUUCAGCUAUCUCUGAGGCCAGCUCGACACUAGGGGAUAAGAUUGAAUUAAGAUACGCAACUCCAGCUAGCUAGAGGCGAUGUACUUUGAUUCAAACUUUGGUGCCACCACCACAGCGGAAAGCCAAGAGGAGAAACGCACCAGGGCGCCCUCGGAGUUCGAUUGAGCGGGUCUUUACUAGACCCGCAUAAUCGCAUGCCAAAGGAUCGAUCUCCAGAGUGUCGAUCCACAGGUGAGGAUCGACGUGGCCUUCACUUCUCUCAUGACACCAGGAAUCUGGGGGAAAGGGGAUGUGAGGUUUAGCUGGUUUGGAUGAGUUUGCCUAAUCGUUCCCAUGACAUUGGCUUCCUCGAUUCGAUGUAAUUUGCUCAAACUCAUUUUGUAAGCGAUUCCUCUGCCGUGACUGUUCCUGUGUGCACAUUGGAUGGAAAGGCCUGUGCUUUUUCUGUAUGUACAACUGGAGCGCUAUCGACUGUCCUUGGCUGCCUAUGGACCCCUCUACCCUUUCUGCUGUAUCUCCAAUAAACUGAA